AUGCCGAUCUUGACUGGCGUUCUCGGUAUCGUCCUCUUCAUGAAGUCGUUCUACAGCGUCAAACUCAAUAAGAUCGGCAUCACGGAGAAGAAAAGCUAUGCCCCAUAUCUUCCUCUCGCAAUGAGGCGCAAGCCUGCCAGGGAUAGCGCGCAAACUCAGUUGACGCUCGCAAAUCAAAAUCCAGCUUCGGUUUCUGCACUCACACUUGCCGUGCCCGGUACGCCGCAAAUGUUCCUCCCACACACCCCGGGAGCGCAAACACCUGGAUCAGAAAUGCCAGCCAAUCCCUUGGAUAUAGCCGCGCCGGCGAAGCGUCGAACGGUCCUCAUCGCCACUAUGGAGUAUGACAUCGAAGACUGGGGCAUCAAGAUCAAGAUUGGCGGACUAGGUGUCAUGGCCAACCUCAUGAGCAAAAACCUCGCACAUCAAGAUAUCAUCUGGGUUAUCCCUUGUGUCGGCGGUGUCGAAUAUCCGAUUGAUUGCCCUGGAGAAAGCAUCAUCAUCGCCGUUCUAGAUAAUCUCUACGAGGUCAAGAUACAAUAUCACACUUUGAAAAACAUUACUUACGUCUUAUUGGAUGCGCCCAUCUUUCGGCAGCAGACGAAACAAGACCCAUAUCCACCCAGAAUGGAUGACCUAGACUCCGCUUGUUACUAUUCUGCCUGGAACUCGUGCAUUGCCGAGAUGAUGAGACGAUUUCCGAUCGAUCUCUACCAUAUCAAUGACUACCAUGGGGCAGUGGCGCCUUUGCAUCUGCUACCUAAGAUUGUGCCGUGCGUGCUGAGCUUGCAUAAUGCAGAGUUCCAAGGUCUUUGGCCAAUGCGGACAGAACAAGAGAGUCUUGAGGUCUGUAAUGUAUUCGACUUGGAUCCUCACGUCGUCUCCAAAUAUGUCCAGUUCGGCGAAGUUUUCAAUCUUUUACAUGCUGGGGCUAGCUACCUUCGUGUCCAUCAAAAGGGCUUCGGUGCGGUUGGUGUGUCUGGUAAGUACGGCAAAAGAGCCUUUGCAAGAUACCCCAUUCUUUGGGGCAUGAGCGACGUUGGUGCGCUUCCAAAUCCUGAUCCCACAGAUACGGCACCUUGGAACAAAGAGCAAGUCAGGACUUCAGAUAUCCACGUCGAUCAAGAAUUGGAAGCUGCGAAGCCUGCACUCAAAUUGGAGGCUCAAAAAUGGGCUAAACUCAAGGAGGACCCCGAAGCCGAUCUCUUCGUAUUCGUCGGAAGAUGGUCGAUGCAAAAGGGUGUUGACUCAAUCGCUGAUGUCUUUCCAUCCAUUUUGGAGCAGAACGAACAUGUCCAACUGAUAUGCAUCGGUCCCGUCAUAGACCUAUACGGCGCGUUUGCGGCAUUAAAGCUAGGAAGAAUGAUGGAAGUUUACCCCGGGCGCGUCUUCUCGAAACCAGAAUUUACUCAGCUACCACCAUGUAUAUUCAGCGGUGCAGACUUUGCACUGAUGCCUAGCCGAGAUGAGCCUUUUGGAUUGGUCGCUGUUGAAUUUGGUCGGAAAGGUGCCUUGUGCGUUGGCGCCAGGGUUGGAGGUCUUGGGCACAUGCCCGGUUGGUGGUUCACGAUCGAAUCAACCACGACAAAGCAUUUCAUGCAACAAUUCAAGACUGCCAUUCAAGGUGCACUUGCAUCAAAGCCAGACACUCGAGCGAUCAUGAGAGCGCGUGCCGCCAAGCAACGAUUUCCUGUUGCGCAAUGGGUGGAAGAUCUUGAGAAGCUCCAGAACAAAGCCAUCAAUAUUAGCGAUAAGCGAAGGGUCAAAAGUUCACGGCAGAGUGUUGCUUCUUUUGUCUCGACCAACAACACACCGGUGCAGACGAGGAAGCCUACACCCACGCAAACCUGCCACGCAACGCCGGCGCAUUCUCGGAAUGUGAGCAGAGCAGCAAGCCCUGAGAGGGAUGACAUCCUUCCUGCUUUACCAAAUGGAGGCUUAGGAAGUAGGCUAGGUCCAGGCAAUAAGAGAAAUCGGUUGAAAAAGAAGAAUCCGAACGGGACGUCCUCAUCAAAUGUGUCUGAAGAGGAAUCAGGGUAUGAGAGCGGCGAAGACACGCAAAGGGGCAGAGGUCGACAACGCAAGCGCUUCUCGAGAUCUCAGCUACCAUCGUCUAUGGCAAACCCUACCACGGCUGCAGAAGCUCCAAGUACGGACGCUAAUUGGCCAUUCACCAAUUCGUUCCCGGUGCAUUCUUCUUUGGAACCUCUACCUGCUCAUAUGCCAGGUGACAGCACGACAGCCUCAGCUACAGCUGUCAAUACUAGGAACGUCUCGAUGCUCAGUCUACCAGAUAUUGUGGGAGAUAGAAAAGACUACAAUCUACAAAACGUGUCUCCAUUUUUCACCGACCCCAAGAAAGAAUUCACGGAUAUCUUCCGGCAAAAGCUGGAGAAAUUAGACGGAAAGACAUCUGAAGAUGCUCUUUGCAUUGAAGAGUAUCUGACCAAAAGCGAGAAGAAGUGGUUCGGCAUGCUUCGAGCGGCAGAAUUAGGAAGCAAAACUCCUUCACGAAAACCUAGCCCAGCACCCAGCAAAUUCAACUCGAAACGUAAUAGCGCCAAUCCAGCCCAACUAGCGGAUCCAGAGAAGCAACAAGUAGAGACAAGCUCUCAGGGAACACCUUCGCAGUCGAAGGACGACCCAUUUGAUGAGUUCCUCCUGGGUGAUAAUUACAAGCCACCGACAGGACUGAAACAUAUCCUCAGAGUGAAGAUCGGAGACUGGCCUAUCUACUCUAUUCUCCUUGCAUUAGGCCAGAUUCUCGCCGCAAACUCCUAUCAAAUAACCCUCCUCACGGGCUCCGUCGGCCAACCUGCCAGCAAACUCUACACCGUCGCUUCCAUUUACCUCGCCUCCUCAAUCCUUUGGUGGCUCCUCUACCGCCGCUUCGCAACUCUCUAUGUCCUGUCCGCCCCAUUCAUCCUCUACGGUUUCGCCUUCCUCCUCAUCGGCGUUGCCCCCCUCGGCCCCUCCUUCAACGCCCGGGGCUGGAUCCAGAACGUAGCCACGGGCCUGUACGCAGUCGCCAGUUCCUCCGGCUCUAUCUACUUCGCCGUAAACUUUGGCGACGAGGGCGGAGCGCCCGUCACGGCGUGGACGUAUCGAGCGUGUGUCAUUCAAGGCACACAGCAAAUAUACGUCGUAGCGCUGUGGUUCUGGGGCAGUCAGUUGACGAAGAGUACUGCGGCGGGUCAGAUGGGGAAGACUGGCGCUAGCGCAAACAAGUUGGUCAUUAUUCCUGUUGGGGUGGCGCUAGCGUGCUUGAUGUGGGCGAUUGGUGUGAUCCUCUUCAUCGGACUACCGAAGUACUACCGUCAAGCGCCCGGCAAUAUCCCUUCGUUCUACUCCAGCCUCUUCAAGAGGAAGAUCAUAGGCGUGCUGGGGUCUGUGGCGACGAUUUUGGCGAGGGCGACUAGUCCGAAUAAGAUUGGGCCCGGGGAUGUUUUCCCGGAUUUUAGUAGCGAUAUUGGGGAUGGGCUUGGGAAGGCGUGGUUUUGGGUUGGCUUGGGCAGUCAGCUGAUCAUUCCCGUGGGGUUCUUUUGGUGGUUUCGGAAGGAGCAGUUGAGUAAACCUUAG